CCUCUUGGGGCAGCAGCGGGCACGUUUAGCAUUCAUUUCCAGUAGAACAAAAAAGGAGUGCAACAGGGAAAUAGUUCCCUAUUAUUCCAAAAACAAACGUUAAAAGCUUGGUGCAGAGAGGAAUGGAUCCGCUUGAACACAUGCUGACAGACCCUCUGGAGCCUAAAGAGGAAGACGGAAGACAAAUUACUGAGGAGUGUUUGCUUGGGAACUGUAAAGUGGACCUCCCAGAGGUUCUGCUGGAGGAUCCUGACAUUUUUUUCUCUGUGCUGAGUGAAAACACUUGGGAUGAAGUACUGACAGACUCCCAGAGACAACAUCUGCAACAGUUUCUGCCACAGUUUCCUGACAACAACACAGAGGAGCAGGAUCGUACCAUCAGGGAGUUGUUCAACAACACCAACUUUAACUUUGGGAAUCCACUUCAUCUUGCACAGAGGCUGUUCAGAGAUGGUUACUUCAAUCCAGAGGUGGUCAAGUAUAGACAGUUGUGUGCCAAAUCCCAAAGGAAGCGCCAGCUGCAUUCCCUUCAGCAGUAUUACCACAGACUCUUGAAGCAGAUUCUUGUUUCCAGAAAGGAGCUGCUCGACUUUGCAGUUCAGAACAGUCUGGACUUUCCACCCAAACGACGGCUGCCAAACAGGACUCAGCCUGAGACACGGGAGUCGAGAGUAAGAAGAAGACUGAGCCGCAUCCUGAAGGACGUCAAAGUUGAGUGUGAGGACAGCAAUGCUUCCUCUGAUGACGAAGACGUGUCAGUGUGGAAUCCAGCCCCUCAGUCUCCGUCUUCUCCCACUCCUACCAUCUCACUCAGAGUUCUUCCUAGCCUCUCUACACCAGACAUGAAGAUUACAGAAAAAGUAGAAUUAGGGGAAAUGGAUUUAAAAGUCAUGCUGCAUCACCAUCGUGAGAAAAGGAAACGCCAGCCAGAUCAUCCAGACUUGAUAACCUCUGAUAUCCACCUUGGGGAUGUUCUCUCAAGAGCAAACAUUGGUCGGAAGGGAGCUUUGCCACUUUUUGAUUUGUUGCUUCCCAAGAAGAAGAUGAGAGAUGAGAGAAAGAAAAAGAAACUCAAGGCGAUAAAAGUGGAAUCUGAGGAUCCUUGUGAAAUUCUGACUCCUUCAGACUCCUGCUCAGCACCACCAGUGAAUAUCAUCAACUCUUUGCCAGAGGCGCCUUCCACACCUCUAGCCAACAUCAAGGAGGAAAUUGUGGAGGAAGCUCAAAGCAGCCCUGUUGCAGUUGAGGAAAUAACCGCCAGUUUCUUCAGCUUGUUGGAAAGCAUCUUCAGAGCAGAGGGUCCUGCCAGUACCUUGAUGUUGGAGGAAAAGGUUCAGACUUGGCAGUCCUCUCCAGCCAGUUCGCUCAACACCUGGUUUUCAUCUGCCUCAUGCUGGUCAGACCUAGUUCUUCAAGCUCUGCAGUUUCUUGCAGGAGAGACUAAAGAUGGCAUGAUGGCGCUCCCUAGUGGCUUUUCUCCGUUUGUGGAGUUUGUCGAUGAUUUUCAGCAGUGGAGAUGGAUCGGCCCCACUCAGGACACAGAAAAGGACCUCAUUGCGCUCUGUCAACUCUGGCUGGACUCCAAAGACUUCGUUGUCAAAACAGAGAAUGAAGACCUGUUGGAGCUUACGUCCCCCACUCCCAAACUUUCAACUGAUUAUGUGGUGCGGCCGAGCACCGGAGAUGAGAAACAAGUGUUUCAAGUUCAGGAGCAGCAGCGAUAUAACCAGCCUCACAAAGCCUUUACCUUCAGGAUGCAUGGCUUCGAGUCCGUGGUGGGGCCAGUUAAAGGCGUGUUUGAUAAGGAAAUGUCCUUAAAUAAAGCCAGAGAACACACACUGCUUCGCUCUGACCGACCACCAUACGUCACCAUCCUCUCUCUGGUUCGGGAUGCAGCUGCCCGGUUACCCAAUGGAGAGGGAACAAGGGCGGAAAUCUGUGAACUUUUAAAAGAUUCCCAGUUCCUUGCUCCAGAUGUCACAAGCGCACAAGUACUGCUAUUGUUUUCCUCUAUUAUCCUGCUUUUUCGCUUGAGUAAUGUGAACACAGUUGUCAGCGGGGCUCUGGACAGACUUCACUAUGAGAAGGAUCCCUGUGUGAAGUACGACAUCGGCCGCAAACUGUGGAUUUACCUGCAUCGCCUCCGCAGUCAGGAAGAGUUCGAGAGGAUCCAUCAGGCUCAAGCUGCGGCUGCAAAAGCAAGAAAAGCUCAGCAGCAAAAACCCAAACCAGCAUCUAAACCGAAGUCUGGAAGUAAAGAUGGAAGCAGCAAAACACCCGGAUCUCUGGAGGCCGGACUGGACCUGGGCUGUAAUUCCAUGUCUCCAGUCCCAACAACUCCCACCCCAAACACUCCUGGAACCCCCAAAUCACCUCUACAUCUCUCUGCUACCACACCAACAAAGACCGGAGUUCCAGACACGCUGAAAACCAGCCCAGGCGUUCUCCUCGUCUCUCCUCCAUCGCUGCCUCAGCUGGGAACGAUCCUACCCACGAGUCAGGCUUGUCCGCCGGCCUCCCAGCCAGUAACUUCCCAGCAGGCAGCUCGGAUAGUGAGCCACCUGGCGGCGGGCUCCCUCCCUCAGGUCCGGGUCGUUUCCACUCAGCCCAGCGGUCUGGGUCCAUCAGCAGCCGCUCAGCAGGCCACUCUGGUGCAUCAGACAUCGCACCAGAUCCGGAUGCCUGUGUCCAUGGCAGCCAAGGGCAUUUCACAGGCUGUUGUUUCCGUGCCUCUAAGAAGUCCGUCUGGUAGCAGUCCUGUCCAGGUUCCAACCAGUCUCUCUGUGUCGGCUAUUAAUGUGACCAAACCUCAGACCGGUUCUCCAGGUAGCCCCGCUAACAACCCCACUCCUCCAGCUGUGCUGCAAGGUGUCACCUCCCCGAACAUCAAACAGGUUUCCAUCACUGGGCAGCUGGGAAUGAAGACUCCAGGUGGAGGAGGAAUUCCAAUAACUGCAACAAACUUGCGUAUCCAGGGUAAAGAUGUCCUCCGUCUCCCCCCAUCCUCCAUCACCACCGAUGCUAAAGGCCAAACAGUGCUGCGGAUAACCCCCGACAUGAUGGCCACUCUUGCCAAAUCUCCGGUCGCGACUGUAAAGCUCACCUCUGACUUCCUGGGCGGGGCCGCCUCCGGCAGCAAGAGCAUAUCAGCCACGCUCCACGUAGCACCGCCUCACCCUUCACCAUCACCUGCCUCCGCUACCCCACCCAGCACCGCGGAGGCGCAGUCGGCUAAAUCGGGCUCCGUCGCCUCCACCUUGCUGAAAGCUGGAGGAGAAACAGCCAUAAGGCUGAUGCCGACUUUGGCCGUCAGCGUGGCCGACCAAAAAUCCAGGACCUUCUCCACCGUGGCAUCCCCAGACAAGAGCAGCGCAACCAUCCGCAUAAUGCCCGGCCUUGGGGUCAUUCCCCAGAAACAGGGUCAGACCAUCACCAUGACAACCGCCAGUGGCAGCAAACCACUAGCAGCGUCUACAUGUGGCAACAUAGUGACCAUGGCAGCCAGCGUUGUGGCUGGAGCUAAAGGCAUCACCGUGGCUCCCGCAGCCUCCGGUUCACCGCUGUCUUUGGGAGUGACUACCGCGACUGUGAGACAAGUCCCUGCUUCGGUUGUUACAACACAAACGGGAAAGCUACCUGCCCGGAUCACUGUGCACUCCGUCCUCAACCAACCCCUGAAGAGCAAGAGUGUGGUGACGACUCCGAUAGUCAAAGGGAACCUCAAUACAAACAGUAUCAGCAGCCUGGGUAGGAACAUCAUCCUAACCACGGUGCCUGCAGGCACAAAGCUAAUAGCGGGGAACAAGCCGGUCAGUUUCGUUACCGCACAACAAUUCCAGCAGCUUCAGCAACAAGGCCAGGCAACACAGGUUCGGAUCCAAACGGUCCCGACUCAGCAGCUCCAGCACGUGGCAGCCAGUUCCCCCAAACCCGUUUCAACAGUGGUUGUCACGACAGCACCACCACCUAAAUGUACACCCGAUCCUCCACCCGCUCCUCAGCAAUGACCUGACCAGCGAUACGUGUUACUGUGAGGGUUUGUAUGAGAUUGACAUGUUUUCUGUUUGAGAAUAUUGACAUAUUUAAGGUAUUUUCUGAAAUGUUUUCUCCUUUACGAUCUCCACAUUGUUAUUCUAAAUUAUUUGGAAGCAGAGUGAUUAAAAAGUUAGACCCUUUGAUUUCCAGACAUUUGCUACUGAGAGUAAUUUGAAUGAGUUUGUCAUUUGAAAAUUUCAUAAAUCAGAUAUGGUUGGAUUUAUUUGAAUGUUGUGAUUCGUGUUCUUCUGCAAGGUGAUGUAUUUAAAAACAGAUCAUAAUGUUUCAUGGUUUUCCCAAUUUUUUAAAAUCUUUUUCCUAAAGAACAAAUAAACCACACUAAUAUUUAA